AUGGAGAAUGCCAGAGAGGGACUUCGUAGAACGAGUGCCGAUGCCGCCAAUCCCUUCUCCCCUCCCUUCAACAGAGGAGGCGAAAUCGCGGGUGGCAAACUGAGUAUAAGUCAGAAGAAAUAUUCGCCACCGCAUCAGCGACAUCGAGCGAAUCAUGUCUUACCUUUUCAUGAAAUUGAACGAUUGCGUUCUAUUGUAAUAGGUGGAAUCGCUGAGUCUAUCUCCACAAAAUUGAGGGAUAGGUUGUCUGAGGAUUUUCACAGCGUCUUUAGUGUAUUUGAUUAUCUCGGAGUAAAAUGCACUCCUGUCACAGUCUAUAGGAUGGGCAAGAAUUUACAAGAUAGGAGUAGAUUGUUAGAAGUUGUGUUAUCUUCACGUUUUCAACGUAUGAUUUUGAGAAGAGCGCCUCGCCUCCGCUAUCUUCCUCAGCGAGGGAUUUUCCUCAGGCAGUCCCUGACAAAAGGGGAACGUGAACGACGGCGAGCGCUACGGCAUGGAAGUAAAAAGGGAGUGUUUCUCUGCUCAGGUGAGCCUAGUGUGGAAACUCCUGAUACUCCAUGCAUCUCUGCUUCCACUCAGUCACCCCAAGGACAUGAGCGACCAAAAAAGUGA